AUGGAGUCUACCUCUUCUCCUGUCAAAGUUUACGUUUAUGACAUUUCCAUGGGGAUGGCCAGAGCAUUGUCACAGGGAAUUCUGGGGAGACAGAUAGAUGGUAUAUGGCAUACAGGCAUUGUGGUCUAUGGACAAGAAUACUUCUUUGGUGGCACCGGUGGCAUUGAAGCUUGUGCUCCUGGAGGUACAGUACUUGGACAGCCCUCAGAGGUUAUUGACCUAGGAAUCACUGAGAUUCCCUUCGAUGUUUUCAUGGACUUCCUUCAUGAAUUAUCAGAAACCACUUACAGGCCUGAGAAGUACCAUCUGUUUCAUCACAACUGUAACAACUUCUCGUCAGAAUUGGCUCAGUUUCUCACUGGCAAAGAUAUACCAUGUCACAUCACGAGUCUCCCACAGGAAGUGCUCAGCACGCCAUUUGGAGCAAUGAUUCAGCCAUUUGUUGAUGCCAUGCAUGUUCAAGGAGGGCAUUCACCAUUCCAGUAA